GGUGCGGCGAUAAGGCGGUGGCGGCGGCGGCGGCUCAGGGACCACUGGCAGCGGCAGCAGCUCGCGCCCGCGCCCUCCUCGCACCCGUGCGCCCCCGGAGACCGAUCCUGCCCCGCGGCCCAGGCUGGGCCUGGUGAGAGCCGCGGGGGGAGGGGCCGCGUCCGGCUCCGGAACCGGGAGAGGCGCCGAGUGGUGUGGGAACCCAGCGGGUGCCGCGUCUCCACCCGAGGCUUCUACCUCCAACGAGCCAUGUUCCAGGCUGCAGGAGCCGCCCAGGCCACCCCCUCUCAUGACGCCAAAGGCGGCGGCAGCAGCACGGUGCAGCGCUCCAAGUCCUUCAGCCUGCGGGCCCAGGUGAAGGAGACCUGCGCCGCCUGCCAGAAGACCGUGUACCCCAUGGAGCGGCUGGUGGCCGACAAGCUCAUUUUCCACAACUCUUGCUUCUGCUGCAAGCACUGUCACACCAAGCUCAGGUGCGCCCCUGCCCUGCCCGCCCCCGCCUCGUCUGCCAACCCAGCCCCGACCUGGCCUGACCUGACGCCGUUGUUUGGCUUCUGCAGCCUGGGCAGCUACGCCGCGCUGCACGGGGAGUUCUACUGCAAACCCCACUUCCAGCAGCUGUUUAAGAGCAAAGGCAACUACGACGAGGGGUUUGGUCGCAAGCAGCACAAGGAGCUGUGGGCCCACAAGGAGGUGGACCCCGGCACCAAGACGGCCUGAGGCCUCUGUAACCUUCCACCCCCUCUGCGGAGGGCCUGGAGUCGGCAGGGGGAAGGUGGGAAGGAGGUCAAGGUGGGCUUGCGUGGGGGCCAGGUGGGAAGGGGAUGAGGCUUGCUCAGGCGGAGGGGCCCAGGGCAGGGCUCUGCUCCAGGACUCUUUCCUUCUUCCUUCUCCCGCAGCCGGUAAGGGUUUGGGAACCAGGAUUGGGGUCUGCCCACCACCCUGCUUCCUGCUUCGUUCAGCCGCCCUCCCCACCUCACCCCAGGACCCCCUGGGAGGCCCCCAAGCCCAGCUUCCCUAUCUAGGUGCCUUUUCUCCAGCAAGGAGUCAGCAUGCCCCGCUCAGGGUCCCAAGCUCCCUCACUGCCACCGGAGACUGUGUGGCCCCCACAUCUCCCCAUCUACCUCUACCCUUAACCUGGUUCUGAGCCACGGAGACAGGGAGGAAGGAGCGCGACAGUGCCACCUGUUGGGCCUCAUAAAUGCCCCUGCAGCCCAUGGGGGAGGGGAUGGGGAAGUGGAGCCACUCUGCCUCUGCAGGGCAAGGCAGGGCCUGCCCCAGUGGGGCUUGGGACCAUCUCGAACCACCAGCGUGGAGAAGCAGAAGCAAAGCACUCACCAGGCUGCAGCCUCAGGCACUGGCAGGGGCUGGUGCGGCCCCACUCCCCUCCCCCGCUCCCGUUUCUGCCCAUCCUGUUGUGACCAACCCCAUUUUAAACAUGUUUCAAUAGAUCCAGAUUCUCUA